GAUCCUAUUUCGGCUCCCAUCCCGACGCCUCCUGGCGUUUCAUCUGCGGAUGUUUUUUCAAGGACCAUCUGGUGUCUUAACCGACCCUCUAGGGGAUCCCCUUUUUGACCCUGAAAGUCUCCACCACCCCAGAUCCGCCGAAUGGCUCCCGCUUGAUCACGUAGCCCAAUACCUGGAGGCACGUGUACGUUGCCCUCUGUCUAAGGAGGCGCGUAACAAGCUGAAGGCCGAGUGCCCUAGACCCAUUAUUGCAAACAAGGUCUGCGAGACCCCAACUGUGGACCCCAAAAUGGUCCAGUUUUUAGCAAAAUCUGGGUGGAACCCUAGAAGGGGUUUGGAAUCGGCCCUUAAAGCGUGCCAGGACAAGCUCCUGGACGUCUUUGGUCCGUUGACAAAAAUUUUUGAGAUGGCGGAAAUCGCCAGAGAGGCUAAUACGCCCAUAGAUCCGGAAGAACUCCGGGGAUGGGCCCAGCGAGCCAUAUGUAUUGCGGGCAAUGCCAAUAGUUCCCUGUCGAUAGAACGGCGUAAAGCUAUUCUGUUCAAAAUUGAACCAAAACUAGUCAAUCUUGCCCUCACUGAGGCCGCAGGUGAAGCACAGGGUCUUUUGUUUGGAGAGCCCUUCAUUAAGGACAUGGGCAGAUUCGUGGGUGCCUUUACUGCUCUGGACAAGGCACAGUCGUCCAUGAGGAGAGUGUUCCAGAGCCGUUUUUCCUCAAGGGCCGGCAGUUACAGGGGCCGUUCGGCUGGCCGCUCUUCAUUCCACGCCCGUGGUUCGGGUAGAGGCUCCUACGGUCAAAAACCUUUCUCUCAGCGACCCUCCUUCCAGGACUCCAGGCAGUCGCAAAGUUUCUUCCCGUCCCGAGGUGCACCUAGCCGCAGGCCUUUCAGAGGAGGUUCCGGAUUCCGUCGUCCCCUUGGAUGAAUCCGCUGAUGGAUUAUUCCCGCUCGUUUCUGUUAUGUAGCUUCGGCCUGUUCCAGUUCUAAGGUUGCGGGAUCAGAGGUCUACCUUUUUUCCAGAGGUUCCGGAAGAAGACUGCUGUUGUCUCUUCUGAGAUGUUUCAAGUUCGUAUGGUUCCGGUUUCAUGCGGUUCAGUUUGGAGUAUACAGUGUCCGGUCCGGUUGGAGUGGCAUCCGCCAAGAAAGAGGAAGUGUUAGGGGCUUGUGGACAUUAUAUACAGGACUAAGGUGGGAGGGACGGUUGC